GGUAUUUAACCGCAACAGCCAGCGACGACAGCGCAUCACGGCGUGCAGAUGUGAAUUCACGGGGCCUUCAUGUAGUGCAUGUGCACUUUUAUGCUCGACCACUGAGGUGAUCUACAGUUUGUAGUAUUGACAUCUUUUUGAGAUCCCGUGUGCACGUUACAAGAGAUCGAUAGUACGUGACGCCGAACUUCAGCUUUGAACUUUUAAGUAGCACGUCUCAGCACCGACCUACAAGCCAUGUCGCACGUCUGGCCGUACGGCGAUCGCCACUUACGAGUCCGAAAGCCCUAAUCAGCGAAUCGAUCGUCGUUCCCCAGAAUUGCAUGCCAGCUUAAGAUUCUUAUUCGGUUAACAUCUCCGAAACCACUACGAACAUGCAGUACGUCUGGUUGGACGCUGAUCCAGGGCACGACGACGUAACAGCCAUUUUACUAGCUGUCUACCUCGACAACAUCAAGCUCCUGGGAAUUUCGACAGUCCAUGGAAACUCUUCUGCUUAUUGGACCGGUGUCAAUGCAGCAAGAGCCCUUUACGCCUUCAAUGCACCCGACGAUAUCAAGGUCUAUCCAGGUGCCGUGAAACCAUUGACGAGGGAAGCACGAUAUGCACCAAACAUCCAUGGCGAGGACGGUCUUGGUGGUGUCGUCGGCCUUCCCCCGCCAGACAGCCCCGAGGCCCAAGCGCGCUUUGCUGUUCGCGAAGAUGGGACUGCCAUAUCUGCCCCCGAGGGUAUGGUCACGGCGAUCAAAGAAACUUGGAAAAAUGGCGCCGGACAUAAGGUUUCGGUGGUCUCUUCUGGCCCAUUGACCAACAUCGCCCUCUUUAUCCUCACACAUCCCGACCUUCUGGAAGCCGUCGAGCACUUCGUUUUCAUGGGUGGGGGCAUCGGUCUCGGGAAUGUCACCCCGGCGGCAGAGUUUAACAUCAUGUGUGACCCCGAAGCCGCCCAGGUAGUUCUCAACUGCCCAGUGAAGACAGUCAUGGUUCCUCUUAAUGUAACCCACACAGCCGUAGUAACGGAUUCCGUUCAUAAACGCUUGUGUGCAGCGACGGUAGCCCAAGAAGCUGGCAAAAACGACGUCACAGUCCCGCCGACUGGUCUCAGAUCAAUGUUGUCUUCCCUGAUCACCUUCUUUGCGCACACGUACAGGGAAGUCUACGGUUUCGACGAUGGCCCACCCCUUCAUGACGCACUUACCGUGGCCUAUGUUUCCAAUCCCAACCUAUUUAAGAGCAAGCGAUACCGCGUAGAUGUGGAGCUCUACGGCCGACACACCACAGGAGAGACGGUUGCCGACAUAUGGGAUUACCAGCGGUGUGACGAUACUUGGGGUGCAACAGGCAAGAACUGUCUGGUAUUGGAAUCCCUGGAGGUAGAACGAUUCUUUGACGUACUCCUGGAUUGCAUUGACCGCUGUGAUCAAGUCUCGCCACUUAAUGCCAAGCCAUAAUAAUUGAAUUUUGGGCCUGUAUAUACCCAUAUCCUUGCCGCAUUGUGAUAUAGAUACAUGUACCCCCCUAUGAUGCGAAUAUAAGGACACCAGCCAUGCAGGUCAAAUCUAGUAGUUAUCUCAAUAGUAAGCAUUAGCCUAUAGUAGCAAUUCUAUUAGGAAACCUAUACAGGUCCAACACUACCACGCUGUAGA